UGGAUAUUCGGCACCGUCUUCCUUAUGCUUUAUUGCCUCUACUCCUCUCCACUGCGCAAUCUGGCCUUUCUUUGCCCGCUCAAUCACCUUGUCUUCCGGAGGCUGUAGUUGCCGGACAGCUCUGGAUGCGCAGUGUCCUGGCCAACCCUGCAGCAAUUGGUCUGACUAACCAGCAUGCAGGGGACAUUAAACAGAUGCAACUGACACCGGUGGAGACGGGCCAACAGCAGCGACAGAAGCCACUAUCACAACAACCGCAGCAACAACGGAAGCAGACUCAGAAGCAACAAACACAGCUAAAACAACCAGUUUGCAAAGACAGCUCUAAACCAAAAGAACGCAGUCAACUUCCAAUCCCAGACUCCCAUUCUUCUGUUAUCGAGAGCAAAAGCCUGACUGCUUCAUUGACAUCAGAUGCCAAUGUAGACGCUACAGUGUGCACUACUUGUCCCCUUCUUCUAGCGAUGGGGCAUUCC